CACUGAAACAUCAAAGAUUGUAACCGGCAGCUCCAUCUGUUUGAGCCCUGGCAUCGUUCAUACACAGCAGGCAGACACAAAGGUAGAACCGCCCUGCCUGCGUUGUGUUCAGGGCUCGGCGACCAUUUUUAUCAUAUAUACUCACGUACCUACAAUUGAAUACGCAUGCAUUCCUUGCAGCUAUGAAUAUGUGGGCAGGCCAUGCUGCAUCGAGUAGGCUUGCCGCAGUCGCCUGGCGCUGCUCGCCACUGCAGCCCGCCUGCUCUAAUCCAAACGCAACCAUGUGGACAAAAUAACCAUUGCCGAAAUGGCUUGGGCAAAGGGUCGCUAUGGUCGUGGCGACGCAGCUGCGGCGGUCGCUCAGCAUGCGCUACCUCAGCAGCAGCAUACCACACCGUCGGCGUCGCAACAGCAGCUGUUGCAAUCCGAAUGCCCCAACAGCACCUCUGAACCGGCCCCAGCCCCGGCGGCCCCUCGCUACGGCGGCUACUGCGCCUGCUGCGGCGGCGCGCACUUCCUAGGGCCCACCCCCGCCACGAUGGCAGCUGCCGCGCAGCUUCGUGCCCAGCUGGAUUCGGCGGGCCGCAUCGACUUUGACGACCCGGAUCCGGAUCCGGAAUUGCACAUCGACUACGUUUGGACCAAGGGCCCCGGCCGCAUGUUUGGAGUGAUGCUGGCUCUGGAUCCAGGAGCGAUUCCAGGAGCUGAUCCUGGAAUCGGAACCGGAACCGGAUCCGGAUCCGGGGCAGGGGAGGUUGGCGGGCAGCUGACGACGGCACCGGCAGUGUCGGCGGCGAAUGGGCAGGCAGGCUUGGAGGAAGCGUACGGCUCGGCUCCGGUAUGGCUGGUGCUGCCUGAGGGAGGCGCGGAGGGCAGCGAGGGGUCAGCGCAAACAGAAGCUGUGGCGGCUACGCCGCCGGUGGCGAUGGGGGCUGCGGCGGCGACGGCGGCGGGGUGGGCGGGUCAGGCGACAGCGGCGGCAGCGGUGGAGGGGGGAGGCACCGUUCUCGGCCCCAGUGCUGGCAGUCCCCAUCCCCAUCCCGAGCCUGGGUCACAGCCGCGGCGGGCUCCAAGGCUGGUGCUGCUGAAGGCGUUCAGCGGGCAGAUGACCAACUGCUGGCACGUGCGCGGCUGGGCGGGCCCUGUGGCAGGAGUCAUCAACACCACACCCCUGUACGGCCGGUACCGUAGCCUGACGGAGGCCUACUCCGCACGCCUGGCCGCAGUGGAGUCCGCGCUGGCGGCACACCUGCGCUCACCGCAGCCGCAGCAGGAGCCGCAGCAGCGCCAGCAGCGGCAGCCCGAGGAGGCGUCGCCCUCCUCCUCCGACUGCGACGAGGCGCGCAGUGGCGGCCAGGCGCCAGCAGCCAGCAGUGGCCACGCCACCACAGCGACGACCGCGUCCGCCUCCUCCUCCCCUGACGCCGCUGGCACUGGUGCCGCCGCCGCCGCCGCGGCUGGCACCGGCGCUGCCGUUGCCGCAAUCGAUGCCGCCGCCGCCGCGACCACUCGCAGCCUGAGUGCCAAGGAGCGGAAGCGGGCGGAGAAGGCGGCGCAGCGGCAGCGCAUGGCUGAGGGCCGGCGGCGGCAGCAGCAGCUGGCGGCGAUAGCUGCUACUGCCGCUGCUCCUAGCACGGCCGCUGCUGCCGUUACCGGCAGAACGAGUGCUACAGCCUUGGCACCGGCUGCCGCGGAAGAGGGCAGUCGGCGGGCAACGCUGCGGGCGCCGGUGGCUGCAGCACCGGCGUCGGGGGAGGCGGGUGCGCUGGGGUUUCUGGAGCGGCAGCGGCAGCUGCUGCGGGGCCGGCGGCGGGCGCUGUCUCACGAGCUGCUGCGGGCCAUCCAGCGGUCUUACGUGGUUGGCAACUUCCGUGGGAGGAGCGCGGGUGCUGGUGGUGGGGCUGGUGGGGGUGCAGGUGGUGGAGGCAGCGGGGCGGGAGCAGGGUGGGAGGCGGCACAUGCAGGAGCUGCUUGGAAGGCGGGCGCGUCUCCCCAGCAAGAGCCGCUACAGCCGCAACAACCGCAGCCGCAGCCGCAGCCGCAGCCGCAGCCGCAGCCGCAGCCGCAGCCGCAGUCGCAGCCGCAGCCGCAGCCGCAGCCGCAGCCGCAGCCGCAGCCGCAGUCGCAGCCGCAGCCGCAGCCGCAGCCGCAGCCGCAGCCGCAGCCGCAGCAGUGGCACGGCGAGCCCCAGCUGAUGCCGCUGCUGCAGGUCUACGACUGUGCACAGCGGCGGGCGCUGCUCCCGCGCGUGUUGGCCGGUGUAAGCAGCGGUGGGAGCGGCAGCGGCACUGCGGCUGCAGCUACGGCUGCACCUGGUGCGUCCGCGCCGACGGAUACGCCAGACGCAGCAGCAGUAGCAGCAGUAGCAGCAGUAGCAGCAGCAAGGCAGCAGCAGCAGCAGCAGCAGCAGCAGCAGCAGCCACAGGAGCAGGGGCAGCAGCUUUCCUUCCCCGCCGGCACGGGGGACUGCUGCGCGCCCAAGCUGCUGUGGGCGGCGCAGGCGCGGGGGUUGGUGCCGCUUGGGCUGGUGGAGUUUUGGUACGGCAGUCCGCCAAACACAGCCACGCCACAGGGCAGGAGGAAGAGCAGCAGUGGCAAGGGGGCGGGGGAAGGAGGGAAAGGAGGGGAGGAGGAGGGUGCUGACAUCAACACGCGUGUGCACGGGCGUGUGUAUGGGCCCUGCGACAAGUGCGAGGCGAUCCUGGGCAGCAUGCUGUGCGGCCUGUGAGGGACGAGCGGCAGAUCGUGAAACAACUUAUUCCUAUGCAUGUGUGCAGGACUUGUUGUGUGGCUCAAGUGGAAUGCGCGCAAAGGACAUGCAGGGGACACGGCGGGGGACUAGGCGGGAGAAGGGGGGACAUGGCGGGAGAAGGGGGGGGGAGCGGAUGUGAGGUGAUCAACCCCAUUACAGAGCCU